AUGUAUUCGAAACUUUUGUCAACUUUGCUCGGUCGACACAAAUCACAAUGUAAGUCACAACCGGGUCCAGCAUCAGAAACGACCACCACCAGCGAUUCACAUCUGGCAGCAGAUGGUGGAGGUGGUGGUCCGACAACGACGGCAGUCAAGCCUCCCAUCAAGCCACACCCACUGCCGGCAGCUGGCCACGCCCUCUUGCUGGAUGACUGCCAACUAAUUGACCACGCCCCGUGUCCACGUUGCUCUCAAACAGACAACAACUACGAAGUGGUCAAUAUGCGUCAUUUUGCGUUGUCCUGGAAUGUGAAGUACCUUGGCUCGUUUCCAAUUUCGAACACCACGCCCGAACACGUGACAACUCGUCUCGAAAAAUUUCAAGCCCCGCCCAUUUCCAAAUGGGUCACGUUGUCCGUUUCGUUGCUCGGAGUACGCGUUCACAGCCAUGAUACGGACGUCUCCGUCGCUUGCGGUGACGACGAUGGCGUCGCCGACGACAACGGCGACGACAGCGACGGCAGCAGCGCAAGCGACGAUGUUGACACUACAGCUGGGGUAGCCUAUACGGCAUUAGAGGCGAGCGGUCAGACAUAUCGACGACAGUGUCAUGUUUUUCAGACGGACGUGAUUCAUCAGGUGGAAGAGAUUGAAUCGGUGCUGGGAAACGCGUUUCAAGCUGCCAUUGUCGCAAAAACCAGGCCACCGUCACGUCCGAUAUCGAUGUCUACUCCGUUACCGGUGAGUAGCGUCGACUCGCCUCCACGUAAGGAUUUGCGACGCGAAGAAGCUGUUGCGAAGAUAUGCUCAUUAGUUCCGGAGGAGCCACCAAUUCCGAAUAAAAACAAACCACCUCCUGCGGAGCCAAAGCUUGUUUAUGACGAAAAAUUAGGAGAAUGGAUCUAUCCAGUUGAUGAUGCACUUCAAGCUCAACUGGAGAACGUCAACUACUUUGUGAAAUUGCCUUCAAGGAGCAGUGAGUGGAAAAACGAACAAAGAGAAAUUAGUGCAGUCGACAAAGAGGAAAUCGUACGGACGAGUUGGUGGCACGACUGUUCAUCACGCCGUCGAAUUCGAUCCAUGGGAGCGCGUCGGAUCACUAUAAAGGAAGAUAUUACGUAA